UGUAACUGUUGAAAAGGGCUUGAGGGGAAAUUUUUUUAUACGGAAUAUGUACAACGCGACCUUACGGUCUUGCCUUAUUGUUGCGUAAACUAAAAACCCAUACAGAAGGCUAGUAAUGUAUGUAGCCUACAUAAUUUAGUGCCGUUUCUAAAUAAUCAUCUAAUCCUGCGUGCUGGAUACCUUGUUUAUUGUGUCCAAUUCUAGAUCCACCAUAAUUUUCAUCUUUGAAGUAUUAUCGCGUGAUCUGUCAGGUGGUUCUACAGAAGUUAUCGUCAACAGUUCACGUGACUACGGACGAAGACAACUUUUUGACCUGGACUGGUCAGAUCAGGUAGGCCCCUAGCUAAUGUAUGGGCAUGUGCAGGAAACGUAAAUGCGAAUACAUGUACUUGAUGAUUUACUGGUCUUGAUGUUAGUUGUGACGAUUUUGUAGCUUUCCUCGAUAACUCAUCGCAAGUCAGGGCAACAAUGCAUAGGCCUAACUAGGAUAUCGGCUGACCUGCACGCACUCAUAUAACCUACUUUCAUUUUCGAAUUCUGCGCGAUGCAAAAUUUCAACUGCGGCGAAUUUACGACGCUAUUGACAAAUGCAUUUGUGGGAAGAAAAUUAAUUUACAAGGAUGUCACAGAUACAACAAUGGAUGAUGCCAAAUAUGGAGGAAUUCAAGGUGCACCCUCAGGAACCAUAUACCUGACAGAAAUACAAAACAAAGCCCGAGGAACAAAAGACCACAAGUGGGAUGCUCUGAACAGAGGGAACCUCUACCUGUCCAUUGUCAUUCACAGGCCUCCUCCAGUUACUGAAAAUUCGUUUGUGGAGAGGUUUGAUGUAGAGGUGACAGGAGCCAUGUCUUUAUUGUGUACUCUACAUGAUAUGUCCAUUACUGGAGCAUGUGUAAAGUGGCCGAAUGAUGUCUGGGUUAGGGGCCAUAAACUGGCUGGUUUCCUGGCAGAACAUGGAGGUAUAUUACCAGAUUCCCAAAAUGAUUCACACCUGUUUGUGCUUGGAAUGGGGAUCAAUGUAAACUCGGACAUGCGACGUCAUCCGGACCUCGUUGGAAUUGCCACCAGCAUUCGCUGUGAGAAUGGAGGGGCUGUGGUCAGCCGAGAGAGGGUCCUGGCAGACGUCUGCAACAAGCUGGAGUACUACCUUAGUCUCAGUCAUGGAGACCUUUACACCGAGGCAUGCAAAUUUCAAAUGUUCAAGAAAGGUCAUCCAGUCCGAGUUCACCAUGUGAUUGAUGGCAUAAUGUUUCCAGCUACAUUCGAAGGAAUGGAGGAAGAUUGGAGCAUUUUUGUGAAAGAUAAAAAUGGAAAACCGAUACGAGGCAAGUCUAGUGACUAUUCCUUACGAUCUUUGCCAAACAGCUUCAUCUAUGUGUACAGUGGGAGACUCACAAUUCCCUGGAAGGCUCGUCUUAUUCUGAAUUCUCUCAAGUCUGUGGUGGACACCUCCAGAUUUUCUGUGGAUGCACUAAAUGACGAGAAAUUGAAGGAUGGAGCUUGGAGAAGAGAUGCUGUGGUGGUUGUAAUGGGAGAACUGACUUCCGGAAUUGUGGACAGUGUGGGAAACUUUACAACAGUGCAGGAAUUCACCCAGUCUGGGGGUGCAGUGAUACUCAUCAAAACCAAAGCAGAUCAGAUCUUUCCUAACUUAACUGUACCAACUCGCACAAUGGAACAAAGCAACAAUUUUUUUCAAGUAUGUUAUUCAGAGGAUAAAAGGUUUACCAUUAUAGCCUCCGGAAGUGAAUUGACCUACGACCCUGAUGCCAAGUCUGAAGUGAUAGGGUAUUAUGACAGACAGGAAAAUGGUUCCCCCUCUGCUGUUCUUGUGCCGGUUGAUGCUGGUAAAUGUGCCAUUUUGGGAUUUGACAUUGAAAUUACUUAUAAUGAUAUUGAUAUAGUGCCAAACAUCACUGAGCCAGAAAAACUAUUUGAUCCGUUAUCUAAAACCGUUGUUACUAGAGAUGAAUAUUUUAAUUAUGUUCUAUCAAAACUGCUCAAUUAUCGUUAAUGUGAGCUGCAUUAUCUUGAAUCCAAUAGAAAGGAUGGCCAAGAAUGGUGCUGUUAUUCAUGUACUGCAAGUACUCAGGUGAUGCCAUAUGCAAUAUGAACUGUUGAUUUUGUAGAUGAAUAAACAUGUUUGACUGCAGGUACUGGCUCAAUGAAUUUAUUUUGUAUGUAAAACUGUAGUAGACACGAUUACCUACACAAGAUGAUGUAGAUUGUUUUAUUUUAUCAAUACUACAUAUCUUUUGAUGUGUCCAGUUUUGUAUUUACCUGUAGUUGUGAUAAUUUUAAUUUACCUGUAGUUGUGAUAAUUUUAUCAGUCAGAUAGAGGACAAACAAGAUGCACGGUGCUAGUUUAUUGUACGCAAGUUGAUAAGUCUUUAUUUUUGUUGAUGAAUAAAUUGUCAAAGAU